UUUUUUUUGAUCACUAAAUUUCAAUCAUAUAAUGUGCUCAAGUUUUCUAGGCCUUAUUAUUUUGUUGACUUUUGCGACCAACUAUGGAUUGGGUUUCACCUAUGGUGUUCCCAGUGUUGGCCGUAAACUAUUGCAAGACUGUUUAUUGUCCGGUGGAAGAGAUAAUAUAUAUUUAAAUGAAGAAAUACCCCAAUCUAAACCUAUAUUAUUCAAGCACAAGAUUCCUACGGACGUACAAUUUUUUUCAGUCAGAAAACCAAGUAGGAAAUCUGUGUGCAGUUUUGAAAUGCUUUUUCAUCUACCACCCUUAUAUGUGAUAGGUGUAAGAAUUCCAACCACUCCUGUUAUAGUUUCUACCAACAAUUUGACGGUAGAAUAUGAUAGGAAAGGACUAACCGUAGUUGUACAAAGAGUAUUACCCGAUAUCGGAGGCUAUAGAAGAUUUAAAUUUUAUGUUAGAAAUUUAGCGAAUUCGAGAAUUCUUAGUAUAGUCUUUGAGGUUAAUUAA